AGGCACAAUGUUGGAAUUCGAACCAUUCCGCUGCUCCCUCUUCUCACCGCAACUUUUCUCCUCCCUCUAUAAACCCCUGCGAAACUUUUCCUGCUCACGACUCAUUCCAUCUUACGCGUUGCUUUCCCCCUUUCCCAUUUUUUUUCACCAUAACGUCCACGUUUAGAGCAGUGACUUCUACGUCCUUGUCGCCCUCGAACUCCGUAAGCGUCAGGAUGGCACAACCCUCUUCAUCUCAUAGGGAGAGAGAGCGUAGUGAACGCUCCUCCCGUCACCACCAUCACAGGACUAUCUCGUCCACCACUCUCCUACUCGUCCUCUCUCUCGUGCUUGCGGUCCUCGCCGUAAUGCUUUCCUUGCCCUCUUCGCAGGCUGCCGGCGCCGCAGGAGGUCCCAAUGAUCCGGCACAACAGGGUCUCUGGGGAUACUUGACACCAAAACGUUCUCAAGCGCUUGUCGCCCGCGAGAGCUCAGUCGCCAGCCGUGAAGCUGAAGUUGCCCGUCGUGAAGCUGAGCUUCUCGCUGGUGCUCCCGGCGGUGUCCUGCCCAAUCAAUCUGCCAUGGUUUGCCCUGUUUGCCCUACUACGAUUGAGAAGAUUACAGAGGCACCUCCCGUGCAAACUGUCAUCAAGGAAGUCCUUAAGGAAGCUGAAGCUCUCACCCCGCCAGGGUGGUGGGAUCAGGCCCGUGUCCGAGCUGAGGACAUUCUCGAUCGAGAGCUCAAGAUUGCUGAGCGUGAGCGGGAGAUCAGUCGUCGUGAGGAGGCGGUUAACCGUAGAGAGCAUGACGCGUCUAGACGCGAAAGCUGGAUCAUGGAACAACUUGUUGCUCUCAACAACGAAGAGCCUACCGUUGAAGAAGAAUACAUCUACGAACCAGCGAGCCCCAAACGGAAACCCAAGGUACAACUGCCUCCUCCGCGCCGCUCUGAGCUCUGAGACGAAGGGGGAUCAUCACCACACGCCGACAUUUCCUCUUUUCUAUGUUUUUGAACUUAACCAUGCGCCUCUUCUUCAAGCUCUUCCUCCGCCUAUUAUUUACACCGAAACCGCCAUUGAAAUUGCAACUGAAACGAAGACUGUCACCCAAGUUCAGCACUACACUGAGUCCAUACCAGCCAGAACCGUUACUGUGCCUCCACCCGCCAACACUCGUGGCAUUGCUUCUCCUGCUCCUUCCAAUGCACCCUCAUCUGCGACAAGUCACAUUCCUCGUACGACCGCUGUUGAAGUGAUCGUUGAGGAAGUCAAUGAACCCUCGAGGAUUGCUAUCGUAGAGGAUGAGCCGAUGCGCACCAAAGCUUCGCGCAAGCGCAAACCUAAACGGUGGUUGGGUGUCUGGUAAUGCCCUCAUUGUAUGGCCCCUCAAGUGUAUUCCUUCACGACAAGUGAUGAGUGUUGAAUGACCCUGUUUGGACGUCUUCUUUUCUAUUCCAAUGCGCUCCCCUUAUUCUCUAUUUCAUUCAUUUUAUCAUAUCACUCCUUUGGCACGCUUGGCGUUAGGCCUCCCGCCUACCCACAUUCUGCAUCACGACCUUAGCCCAGUGCUUUCAUGCCUUUUCUCCAUCUCCCCACGCUUGCUUUCACAUUUGUACUCUUCGCUGCGAUACCUCUAUACCUUUUUGACGGACACUUUUGUACUGAUGCGAUACGACUUACUGACGGAUGGAGAUUCGUUCGGGCAUGACCUUACGGCUUUCUGUUUUCUUUGUGGGUAGUGUAGAUUAUAUAGGUUGUAUAUACUCCGGAAUGUAUACGUGCUUUUAGACUUCGACUUUUGCUCGC